AGACAACCAAUUAUACACUCCCAGUGACAGUUGUGCUUACAUAACCUCAGUUUCGCUUGUUUUAUUAAAAAGAUGGUUUUAAAUAACGACUUUUGGCACAAUUUUCGCGACGUGAGCAUUUAUCCGACGUGUGAGGAAAUUCUGGGCAAACGCAACCCCGUUGACAAGAACAUAAUUCGUGGAAAAUUCCACAAUGUGGGGCACUACUUGGACGUCCAGUUCCGUCUUUUACGCGAAGACUUUAUCGCAAAUUUGCGCGAAGGCAUCGAGAGUUAUCGGGCAAAAGAGUCCACAAAAGUGCUUGACAUUUACGAAAAUGUGCGCAUUUACAAAGACAGGACCCGACGUAGCGAAGAGUGCCUCAAAAUCGAUAUAAACGUACAAGAGGACGACUCGAAAAAAUUCAUGAAUGGCUCACUCCUCAUCUUCACAAAGAACAAUUUCGACCAAAUGUUUCAAGCAAAAGUCGUCCAACGUUCAACAGAACCGCCCCAGAUUAUCAUUGAGUUGAUCGAUGUGUGCCCUAGUGACCUAAACCUGUCCCAAAGCUACACAAUGGCCGAAUGUAGCCAAUACUUCGACCCCUAUUUUAACGUUCUAACCGCCUUGAAGGCCACCCCUGUCACAAACUUCCCCAUGGAGCGCUACAUCGUCCACUGCGACACCUCGGCGCGCACCCCUCCAUACCUCUCGGGCUUCGCCCCCGAGAGAUGGGGGCGCUCGCUAAACCGCGCCCAAAUGCAGGCCUUCACGGCGGCCCUAACGCGCGAAUUCGUCGUGAUCCAGGGCCCCCCAGGCACUGGCAAAACGCACCUGGGGGUGAAAAUCGCCACCACUUUGCUACAAAACGCCCACUUGUGGCACAAAAACAGCCCCAUGUUGGUCAUUUCGCACAAGAACGACGCCCUUGACCAGUUCCUCGAAGGCCUAAUCCCCUGCACUUCGAGACUAAUCCGAGCCGGGGGCCAAUCAAAGAGCGAGAAAUUGAAACAGUUUAAUUUAAUAACGGGGGCGGGGGAAAAACGGCGCAAGUGGGUGGAGUUUCUCCCAGCGAUGCAACAAUCAUUGGUUGUUGGCAUGACAACGAGUGUGGCGUCACGCUGGAGGGCGGAGUUUUUGGAGGAGUUACAAUCACCGAUUGUUGUGGUCGAGGAGGCGGCGGAAGUGCUCGAAGCGCAUGUGGUGGCAGCACUGACUAGUAAAUGUCAACACUUGAUUUUGUUGGGCGACCACCAACAACUCCAACCGCUCACUGCUGACAAUAAUAUCGGCAAAAAUUACCAUUUAGGUGUGAGUUUAUUCGAACGCAUGGUUUUGAACCACAUACAGUGCUACCAACUUGAUAUUCAACAUCGGAUGCGGCCGGAAAUCGCCGAUCUGCUCCGAGUCAGAAUUUACCCGUUUUUGAAAGACCACGAAUCGGUUUUAAACCGGCCGGGGAUUCCCGGAAUGCAUAAAAACGUGUUUUUCGUUGAUCACAACCAGGGGGAAGAAACCUCUAGUUUGACAACGAAGAAAAAUACGCAUGAGGCGCGUUUUUUGGUAUUUUUGGCGCGUUAUUUGAUUUUAAACGGCCAUAAAUCGAGUGAUAUUGUUAUUUUGGCAACGUAUUUGGGACAAAUGCUUGAAAUUGAAAAGUUGGUUAAGAGUCAGACGUGUCUGGAGGGGGUUAAAGUAUCGACCUUGGACGGGUUUCAAGGACAGGAAGCUGAGAUUGUUUUGUUGUCACUGGUUCGUAGCUCACACAUUGGCUUCCUUAAGGCGGAAAAUCGCAUUUGUGUGGCGUUAUCACGCGCCAGGAGCGGGUUUUAUAUCAUGGGCAAGAUGGCCUUGCUGGCGGGGAAGUCCCAAAUUUGGAACGGUGUGAAAAGAUGUCUAGCAAAACAGGGCGCCAUUGGGCGCAAAAUCGCGUUAGUGUGUCAAAAACAUAAGACUGUCACACAAGUCGAAACAAUUGACGACUUCCAAAAUGUCCAAAAUGGCGGUUGUCAUUUGAAAUGUUGCGAAAUUAUGGCUUGUGGCCAUAAUUGCGUACUUUUGUGUCACACCAGUUAUUUGAAACAUAAAUGUGAACGGAAAUGUGUUACGAGGUCGACUCCUGUUGUCAAAAAAUACGAAAUUGGUGAACCUGACCUUUGGUCUAAGCCACGGACUGAUGGUUAUGUGAGGCCUAGGGACUUUGGUGCUAACUCACAAUUGGGUGAAAGUGAAUCGUUUUCUUUUACAAGAAUUGUGAGGAAUUUAAUUCGGAGCUUUGUGCACUUUAUUGUUGAGAAUUUUUUUACCUAACUUAAUGUAUUGUGAUACAGUAUUUUAAUACGAAAAUAAAAUAUAAUGACAGUC